AUGUCAUCGACAAUGGAUAACAACAACAAAGUUGUAUAUAAGACACGAGUGGUGUUCAAAGUGAUGGAUAUUGCAAAUAAAUUGGACACCAAUUGCAAUUGGGUGUCAAAAAAUAAAGAAAAGUUUACCACCAUUGGAUCAGAUGAGUGGAUUUGUCUUAUUUAUUGGAAAAAUCAAUCAAUUGGUCUAUAUUUACAAUUGUCUUCAAGUAAUGAAAUGCCAAUUAAAAUACAAUACGAAAUCUCUGUCAUUGAUAACAAUAACCAAUUGUUUGUCAAACAAAUGAAUGAAAAAUCAUUUGAAAAAAUUAGUGAAUUGAUUUACUUAUCGUUGAUUACAAAACAACAAUUGUUGGACAAUAAGGACAAACUAUUGAUGGAUAAUACACUCAGAUUUGGUAUCGAUAUAACCGUUCAUAAGAUGAACAAUAGUUACGCUUCUUUUGCCACAAAGAAUCGUCGUUUUAAACAAUUGUUUUCAGUCAAAGAGCUCACUGAUUGUCGACUGAUUGUAGGAAAAGACAAGAAAGUGUUUUACGCCUCAAAACUGCUUCUCAGUUCGCAAUCAGAUGUCUUCGAGAAAAUGUUUACCACUGAUUGUAAGGAAAAGACAACUAAUGUAGUGGUCAUCGAUGACGUGGACAGCGAUGUCUUCGAACAGUUUCUCCAAUAUAUUUAUACCGAAACGUGUGAUAAGUUGGUCGAUAUGUGUGAAGACCUACUAUAUGUGUCCGAUAAGUAUACGAUUGAACCGCUGAAGACUAUAUGUCUUAAUUUGAUUUAUUUGCGAAUCAAUUCAGUAAAUGCAUUGAAAACAUAUAAACUACUCAAAGAUUUUGGUGCCGAUGAAGAUCUCAUGAAAAAUGUCAAUCAGUUUAUCAGCGAAAACAUCACUUCAGUGAUCAGUAAAGAUCUAACUGAAAAACAUGGCUUCGAUUCCAAACAUAUGACACAAAUUGUGUAUAAUUUAGUUAAACAUUUGCCGGAAAUUACAACAAAAGUUAUGUUUUAUACAUACUUUUAUCUCAAUUAA